AUGGGGUUUUGUUAUUUUCUAGCUUCUGAGCGUCUUCAGUGUUCAGGAGGACGUCACUGACUAGGGCUGUGAUAAAGGCAGCAGUGUCCUUGGAGACUGCAGUGGGAAGCACAUCCUUGCUCCUGCAUGGCUGGUGCUGUGGUGAGAAGUGGGGAUACUUCCCAGGAUAGCCAGAUCUCGGGGUUAGGCAUCAGAGACAAUUUUAAGCAAAAUUUCUGGCCAGAAAGAUGUAGCUGAGAGUUGGCAUAAGGGCAUGUUGUUCUUCAGUGAACCUGUUCCAAAUCAUCAGGGAGACUACUUGCUCUUGAGUGUCCAAAGGCAUCCAGCACACCUGUCCAGUGUUCCCGUGGAGACAGAAGUUAGUUGUUAGUCUUUUCUUUAGAGGAACAUGCUGGCACACUGACUCUACUAAUUAUCUUAGAAAUUUAUCAUCUGGGCGACUUCUGAAAGCUUAGGAUGUUUUUCCCCCCUCAGUGUGGUGAAUUGUGGACGGGACUGGAAAGAACAUACAUCUUGACGGUUGCUUUUGUCUGAGCAUGGCUUGCCUAUGUUUCAGUGGCUUCAGGCUGAAUUCACCUAAUGCCAUAAUGAAAUCCAUAUCUAUGUUUGUCCAGAUGAGACACGUUGGAUGUCUGUAAAAACCAUAGAGAUGCCCCUGUUGUCACUCAAAAGUCAGUCCGACCCUAGACAAAAUUCUCCCAAACAGCAGUUCCCAAGAGACUCUGCACUAGAGCUGAGUUUCCUUUGUAUAUUCCUAGGCCAGUGGUAAAUUAUGUUUUAACAUGAGUCAGUUUUGCUAGUAAUACAAAAUCUACACCUAGCUGGAAGUUAAACCUUUUCUUGGUAAUUUAUUGCCUGAUAUCUGUGGAAACAUUACAGGAACAGCUCCUGUCAGGCAAUGACAGUCUCCAGCUUGCUACAUCAUCCCUGACCCUGCUCAGUAAGACCAUUGCUUGUCACUCAGAUGGAGAAUGUCUUACCACAGUUACAUCUGCUCACUGGAGAGCAGUGUCUUUCUGGCUCAUACACUGUGUGGCCACAGGAAAAUGCCUCUCAGAAAUGUAUUCAUUUCCUUAUUUAUUUUGGGUUUUUCAAGACAAGGUUUCUCUAACAGUCAAAAGCUGUCCUGGAACUCACUUUGUAGCCCAGGCUGGCCUCAAACUAACACCGAUCUGCCUGCCUCUGCCUCCCGAGUGCUGGGAUUAAAGGUGUGUGCCACCACCGCCCAGCAGAAAUUUUUUUUUUUUUUUUUGAAACGUCAUCUUAAGGCUUGCUUUGUUCUUCCGAGAAUUAUGCUCUUUACACAUGUGAGAAUGAACAACUUGAAAGAAUAGAAUGUAUCGUUGGUGAAGAAGUCGAAAGAUUUUUAAUUAGCUCUUGUGUGUCAGGAUGUAUGUUUCAAUUUGGGAACUGGAAAAUUGGAUAUUUCAUUAUGAUUACAUAUUUUUAAAUUCAGAAAGAAGACUGUUCUUCCAUUACUGAUCCUUGGUUCACCUCGUGACUUGCCCUUUCUUGUGUUUGGUAGCUCUCACACAGGGAAGCAGUGGAGUACUUGGAUCAUGGCCAGAACAGGUACUCGGAAGAGGUUCUGAGUCACAUAGGCAGUGCAGCCGAGGACCCACUCACUUUCCUGUCAGUUCUCAAGUCAGCGCGAGCAGUGAGUGUGCCUUUUCUUGCCGGAUCCUGAGGCCAUCUGAUAGGAGCUAGGCAUCGCUGAGGGCAGGCAUCGCGAUGGGUUACUCUUGAUAUCUAAGAUGGUGCCUUUUUUUUUUUUUUGAGACAAGGUCUUGGUUUGUAUCCCUGGCUAGCUCAGAACUCAUUCGGAGAGCACGCUGGCCUUGAACUUGUGAUCUUCCUGUCUCUGCCUCCUAAGUGUUGAGAUUCAGGGGUCGACCACCUCCUGAAACAAGCAGGGUAUUUCUCCAUUUUCACGUGUUACAUGUAGUUAUACCCUGUAUGUUAUAAAUAUUUGACUUACAGUUUUCAAUGACUUUUAGGCCAUGGACAAGAUGUCGUUUUCUCUUCACCUUAGAAUAUGCAGGGGAGUGAAGACAUGGGGGAAGGGAUGUGUACACACACGCACACUUCUGUAUCCUUUUUUUUUCCCUUUGGUUUUUCAAGACAGGGUUUCUCUGUAGUUUUGCGCCUUUCCUGGAACUCACUUUGUAGACCAGGCCGGCCUCGAACUCACAGAGAUCCGCCUGCCUCUGCCUCCCGAGUGCUGGGAUUAAAGGCAUGCGCCACCACCGCCCGGCGUUCUGUAUCCUUCUAAAUGCAUAGUGUUAAAUACACCAAGAACAUUAUCGUGAAACUCAAGCAUGGCAUUUACACAGACAAUACAAGCCCCCGUAGUCAGAGACCAGUGUGGAAUUGAAGGGUUUUUCCAGAUUGCCUUUUCAUUUUGCUCACUGUUGAAAAGAGAGUCACCGUCUGUUUACCCCUUUUCUUUUUGUGAUGAGGCCAUUGGGAGGAUUAACUUAGAUUCCAGGCUCUAAUAUAUUUCUGUGGUUAAAAAAAAAGAUCAUUGAACACAUAUGCCUUAGAAGCAGUCCCUCGAGGAGGGUCAGGUUUGAAGCAGAUAUAAAAUGUCAAAAUUCACUGGGUACACACAAAGGACAAGGAAAGUAGAACAUCCGAAUACUGUUGGCCUGAAUCAAAGGAAUAGAGCACUCACGGAUAAAUGAAAGAGAACUAACCAUCAGUGAGCAUGACCACUGUAAGGAUGAGGAAGGGCAGGACAACAGAGAACUCUUCAUUGUUCAGAGAACCCCGAGACACUCUGACCCCUCCCCCGCAGCCCUGCCAGAAUGUUGGGCCUGAAUGAACAGGUUAACAGAUGUCCUAUCCACAGUCUGGGGAGGAUGAAAGGUGAUCUGACUUACAGAACUGGCUGAGCCAUUGCAGACUGCAGGGCUCACCUCAAUGAACGUCAAAGGAACGUAAGCAACACUGAAGCUCUUCCCCUUGAAAGGAGUCCCUAUGCUGUAUAUAACCACUGAGGCCCAGGAGAAGAACAGAGAGAGGCAGCCGAAGGCUGUAGGAAUCAAGAUGGACAGCACCCCAUAAGGGACAAGCACAGAUCAGAGUCAGGGAAAGACCUGCCUAUCGGGGAGGUCUGCCACCGAUGGACAGAGAUCCUACAUUACCAACGGUUUCUUGGGGCCAUGUCAGCGGCAGCAUCAGUGCGAGGGAUUGCCUCCAUUCUGUCUUCUCUGCAGAUAACGCAAGUGCCCUUAAAGGAAGCUAAGAUAACACCUCACAUCUGGGCUGCCCAGCAGUUGACCUUGGGGCUGAGACUAGUGCCAGGGCACCCAUCUGUCAGAGUAGGGAUCUUGGUGCUACUAAUUUUUCUCCCAAGUUCAUUCUGUGACACAGGACCUGUAUAUUACUCUUCCUAUGAGACGGUCAUCCCCAAGAGAUUGCCAGUCCAGGGGAGUGAAGUUCCCGGAGGGAGGGCGUCCUACAUGCUGCUGAUGCAGGGCCAGCAGCAGCUGCUUCACCUGAAGGUAAAGGGAGACCACUCCGUGAAUAUCUUCCCAGUCUACAGUUACCACAAUGGCCUCCUGGGGCAAGAGAUGCCGCUCCUCUCACAGGACUGCCACUAUGAAGGCUACAUGGAAGGGGUGCCGGGCUCCUUUGUUUCCGUCAACAUCUGUUCAGGCCUCAGGGGCGUCCUGAUUAAGGAGGAAACCUCCUACAGCAUCGAGCCCGUGCUCUCUUCCAAAGGGUUCGAACACAUCCUGUACACCGUGGCACAUCAGCCUCAGGUCUCCUGCAGUGUCACUCCCCAAGACAGCCCAGGGGACACCAGGCAGCAGCGCGGGAGCAGGAAGAAGCCCGAUGACCUGCAGGAGCUGUCUGACUUGUGGUCACACACCAAGUAUGUGGAGAUGUUUGCUGUGGUCAACCACCAGCGGUUCCAGAUGUGGGGCAGCAACGUCAACAAGACGGUCCAGGCAGUAGUGGACAUCAUUGCUCUGGCCAACAGCUUCACUAGGGGACUAAACACAGAGGUGGUGUUAGUGGGCAUGGAAAUCUGGACAGAGGGGGACCCGAUAGAGGUCCCGGUGGACCUGCAGGCUACACUGAGGAAUUUCAACCGCUGGAGACAGGAGAAGCUCGUGGACCGGGCCAGGCACGAUGUCGCACACUUGAUCGUCGGGCAUCACCCAGGACAGAAUGAGGGCCAGGCGUUUCUCGACGGUGCCUGUUCAGACGUGUUUGCAGCAGCUGUGGAAGCCUUCCAUCAUGAAGAUGUCCUGCUGUUUGCAGCGCUCAUGGCCCAUGAGCUGGGACACAACCUGGGUAUCCAUCACGACCACCCGGCCUGCGGCUGUGACCCUAAGCACUUCUGUCUCAUGCACGAGAAUAUCACCAAGGACAGUGGCUUCAGCAACUGCAGCUCUGACGACUUCUACCGUUUCCUCCAUGACCACAGAGGGGCCUGUCUGCUUGACAAGCCUUGGCGCCAAAGCCGCAAGCAGAGAGCUGCCCGUUGUGGAAACGGUGUGGUGGAGGAGCCCGAGGAGUGUGACUGUGGUUCUGCUUGUGACCAUCACCCAUGCUGUGAGGCAACAUGUACACUGAAGGACGGUGCACAGUGUAGUGAUGGACUCUGCUGCUACAAAUGUAACUUCAGAAAGAAAGGGGUCUUGUGUCGUCCUGUUGAGGAUGUGUGUGACCUGCCUGAGUACUGUGACGGCAGUUCUCACGAAUGCCCUGCAGACAGCUACAAACAGGAUGGCACACUGUGUGAUAGGAUUUAUUACUGCUCUGAGGGUUGGUGUAAGAACCCUGAUAAGCAGUGCACAAAGAUAUAUGGGUAUCCUGCAAGAUCAGCCCCCGACGACUGUUACAUUUUAAUGAACACCAAGGGGAACCGCUUUGGAAACUGUGGCUAUCACACCGAGGCUAACUUAGGGUACGAAACAUGUUCCGAUGAGGAUGUAUUUUGUGGGAAACUAGUAUGUACAGAUGUUAGUUACUUGCCUCAAGUCAAACCCCUACAUACACUCCUCCAGGUUCCUUAUGGAGAUGACUGGUGCUGGAGCAUGGAUGCCUAUAACACUACUGAUGUCCCUGAUUUUGGAGAUGUGCAGGGUGGCACUUACUGUGCCCCAAACAAAGUCUGCAUGGAUUACUAUUGCACUGAUCACACGGUGCUCCAGUACGACUGUGAACCAGAGAAAAUGUGUCAUGGGAAAGGCGUGUGCAACAACUUCAGGCACUGUCAUUGCGAUGACGGUUUUGCUCCUCCUGACUGCAGCAGCCCAGGGAAUGGGGGAAGUGUGGACAGUGGUCCUGUUGGGAAGCCAGAUAAUCGAAACUUGAGUAUCUUUACAUUUGGUGACCGUGGAAAGCUGAGGUCAGACGAGGAUGACAUAAACAUGAAGGUAGUGAUGCUCGUGGUCCCUAUAUUUCUUAUCCUUUUACUGUGUGUUCUGAUGCUGAUCGCCUACCUCUGGUCUGAAGUACUAGAAGCGAUACUAACCCCAGGGAGUUCAUCGGAGUCUUCCACAGAAUCCUCAGGCCAGGGAAGGAGAUAACCUUCACGCUAUUGAAGUUUUGAGAACUUCACAUGGAUUGUUGCUAUUGAUGAUGUCUUGUGUCUGCAGGACAAUUUGGACUGACUACAUGGUUUUCGGGGCACGCUGCACUUGCACUAUCUAGUGUAAUAAUGUUAUCUGUACUAUGGUGCUCUCCUCAGUGACAACUGCUGUUCUAUCAUGAAUGUUUGGAUGGGAUCUGAAUGUUCUAACUUGCCCUGUCAGCCACUGUUCAUAAAAUAGAGGUGAUUUUAAAUAAAUAUGAAUAAGGCCUUUUCCUCCUCACA